AUGGUGUCCGUGGGCUCGUUGGGCACAGUAGCUGCCGGCAGUGCCCCGACGUCUGCACGUGCAAGUUCCUCUCAGUCCAUGGCACACGCACAGCCGAUGGCAGCCUCACCGCCGCCGGCGUCAGUGCAUCCCCUCAGCUCUGCCGCCAGUAUGCCACCUCCGCCGUCUCAGGCGCUGUGGUCUACGCGCCUCGUGGACCUUUUAAAUCUUGUGCGGCAUGAGUUUGAUGUCAUUGGAAAUGAUGCCAUGCAUUUCAAGUCCCAGCGUGUGGAACUGGAACACCGCAUCUCACAGCAAAUCAACGAGGUGGCUCUCAUGCAGGAACAUGUGUACGAGCUGGAAAAGCGCCAUUUUGAGAUGGUCGAGCAGUACGAGGAUGAGAUUAAACGCUUGCAUGCGCUCCUGGAAGAUCGCGCUGUGUCAUCGGUAGGCGCGCGCGAAGCACCGCCACAUUCCACAACACGCGCAGGGGCACCCGUGGACUCACGAUCUGCCUAUGUGAUGCCACCCGCCAGCCAAGCGUAUGAUCGUGAGGAACGUGAGCGCAUGUUGCCUGCCAUGUCUUCCGUCUCCGGUGAUGCUGCUUGGCAUCCGGCUAAGCGCACCAAGACUGCCAAUGGUGCGCCGCUCGUACCUUCAGAUGCACCUCGUCUGCGUCCCGAUGACCGCGAGCCAAAGCAUCUCGCACCGAGUCCUACGUCCUCGCGUGAGCGCAAUGAAGAGGAGGAGGCGAGUCCCCCCGAGUCCAUGCAAGAGCAGCUCCAGAGCACGCCACCUGAAUCGACGUUGAGCGCCUCCCGCAAGGUGCCACGUGCUGAAUCGGGCAGCGCACCCCAGGAAGGGGCGGCAUCGGCCCAGUCGGCCAAGGAUGGUGGCGAAGCGGAGCCAAGCGCACCGCCUGCCAAGAAAGAAGAUUGGAGUGUCAUGCACAACCCGAGCACCAAGCCUAUGUUGGACGUGGGCCUUGUGCACACUUUUACGCAUAACAGUGUGGUCUGUUGUGUCCGGUUCUCGCCAGACGGCAAGUAUCUGGCCACAGGUUGCAAUCGCAGUGCGCAGAUUUUCACCACGGACUCGGGCGAAAAAGUAUGUGAGCUACAGGAUCCAGCCGUGUCGGGCCCAGGUGACUUGUACAUUCGCAGUGUGUGUUUCAGUCCGGACGGCAAGUUGCUUGCCACAGGUGCCGAGGAUCGGCAAAUCCGCAUUUGGGACAUUGCCGAGCAGAAGAUCACGAUGCUGUUGACCGGCCACAAGCAGGAGAUCUACUCCCUUGAGUUUUCACAGGACGGACAGAUUCUUGCGAGUGGUUCAGGCGAUAAGACGGUGCGUAUAUGGGAAGUCGCCUCAGGCAAAGAGUUGCAUGUGCUGCAUACAAGUCCUGGCCAAAACUAUGGUCCGGGCGUGACGACCGUGACGUUGAGUCCCGACGGCGGUCUGGUGGCGGCAGGUGCGCUGGACACGUUUGUGCGUCUCUGGGAUACCAAAACAGGCAAGCUACGGUGUCGUCUCAAGGGUCACCGCGACAGCAUUUACAGCGUAUGCUUCAUGCGCGAUGGUCAGUCGCUUGUGAGCGGUAGUCUGGACAAGACUCUCAAGCUGUGGGACCUGGCGCCCAUCCUCCAAUCGGCCGACUCGCCCGACGACGAGGUCACCAACGCCUCGCUGUGCAAGGCGACGUUCACUGGGCAUAAGGACUAUGUACUUUCCGUCUCGUGUUCACCAGACAGUCGCUGGAUCGCGUCUGGAUCCAAGGACCGUUGCGUGCAGUUUUGGGAUGCAGAGCGGUGCCAGACGCAGCUCGUGCUCCAGGGCCACAAGAAUUCCGUGAUUGCGAUUCAUCUCAGUCCUGCCAAACGCCUGCUGGCGACGGGAAGUGGCGACUUUAAUGCCCGAAUCUGGACGUAUGAAGAUAAGUAG